UGGUCCAUACAAGGACCUUCGAAAUUUAAAUUAUAAUCAAAUUACAACCUUAUUGCUUUGAAUUAAGCGUUCGUUUAUAUAUUUAUGAUUCAAAAUUCGCUAGGUAUUUGAAAAUCAUGUCAUGACUGUAUCUAUUGCAAAACUUAUUUCACAUAUUACUACGAUGGAAGAGGUAGAAAAUACAAUGAAGGCUGAAUUAUUCGGUUUAUCAAUAUGGAGAUAUUUUUAAAACUUUUAUACUUGUGUCCCAUAACUUUUACGGGGUUGUCAAAACUUGUGACAGAUCUAUUUGAUAAGAUAGCCAGUGUUUUGGAAUAUUUAUAUCCCGAUUUCGGCGUCUAAUUCUUUUUCUUUUUUAUUAAUUAAUUAAAAAUAAAAUGUUGCAAGAAGUUGCUAAAGAUUAUGCUGAGUAUCUCAAGCUAGAUCUAACCAGUGGAUUUCAAACGAUUCAAGAUGUUAUCGAUAACAUGAUCACCAGACUCGAGGAAUUGACAAGUGUUCUUCAAAUGAUCAAACUAAAAAACAGUGACUGCAGUAAUGCCGUGACCGAAGAUAUUAGUCGCUAUCGACAUGAAGUUACAAUACUUUCGAAGAAAAUUAUAACCUUAUCGGAUGUUGUGUUCAAGUUACAAACAAAUGUGGAAGUCCUAGAAAAACGAGUGGAAAAAGCAGAAGCAGACUUUGGCGUGCAAGUUGAUAAUAAACUAAAAAACUUGCUGAAACCAUUCCUUAAGAAAAAAGAUGCUAACCCUGGAAUCAUACCACAAAUAAUUCCUCCAGAUACAACUACUUUCUCUAGUGUAUUAGAUAAUUUUGAAGGCAGUAAUACAAAUACCUAACAUUUCAAAAGCAUGUGGUGAGAACUUUAUUUAAUAGGUGACAGUACAAAAGCAAAAGAAAUGUAUUUUUAAGACAUUUAUUUUAAUACAGCAAUACACUUAAGAAUACUUAACA